GCGGGCCGGGGCGGGGAGGGGCGGCCCGACCCCGCCCGCACUCGCCUGGACGCGCUCGCUCGGCGCCGCCGCAGCCGCCGCAGCCGCGCGGGUGGACGAGAGGGCAGCUGCCAUGGGGAGCCGCGGCGCCUGGGCACGGCCGGAGCUCCUGGCGCUGCUGGCCGGCGCCUGGCUGUGGGUGGGCAGCGCCCAGCCCGCGGCCCCCGGCCCCACGGCCGGCCCCGGCCCCACGCGCGGCCCCGGCCCCGCGCUGCAGUUCCGCCUGGCCGGCUACCCGCGCAAGCACAGCGAGGGCCGCAUCGAGGUCUUCUACAACGACGAGUGGGGCACCAUCUGCGACGACGACUUCACGCUGGCCAACGCGCACGUGCUGUGCCGCCACCUCGGCUUCGUGGCCGCCACCGGCUGGUCCCACAGCGCCAAGUACGGCAAAGGCAUCGGGCGGAUCUGGCUGGACAACCUCAACUGCGGCGGGAGCGAGAAGAGCGUCGGGGACUGCAGACACCGGGGCUGGGGCAACAGCGACUGCAGCCACGAGGAAGACGCGGGGGUCAUCUGCAAGGACGAGCGCAUCCCCGGCUUCAAGGACUCCAACGUCAUCGAGACGGAGCAGAGCCACGUGGAGGAGGUGCGGCUGCGGGCGGUGGUGGCCGGGGCCCGGCGGCGGCUGCCGGUGGCCGAGGGCAUCGUGGAGGUGCGCUACAAGGACGGCUGGGCGCAGAUCUGCGACGAGGGCUGGGACGGCAAGAACAGCCGCGUGGUCUGCGGCAUGCUGGGCUUCCCCGCCGAGAGGAAGGUGAACAGGAACUUCUACAAGCUGGCCUCCAAAUCUGGCCCCAAACACAAGCACAGGCAGGCCGUAGGGUCCAAGAAGAGGCUGUUCGCGGAGCGGCAGCAGCUCAACUACCGCCUGCACUCGGUGUCGUGCGCGGGGACGGAGGCGCACCUCUCCCUGUGCGCCUUCGACUUCUACCGCGGCAACGCCUCGGCGGCCUGCGCGGCCGGCAUGCCCGCCGUCGUCAGCUGCCUGCCCGGGCCCCUCUUCGCCGCCGCCGCCGGCGCCCACAAGAAGAAGCAGCGGCAGCAGCAGCAGCAGCAGGGCCAGCAGCUGCGGAUCCGGCUGAAGGGCGGCGCGAAGGUCGGGGAGGGCCGCGUCGAGGUGCUCAAGAGCAGCGAGUGGGGCACCAUCUGCGACGACCGCUGGAACCUGCUGUCGGCCAGCGUGGUGUGCCGCGAGCUGGGCUUCGGCAGCGCCAAGGAGGCGCUCACCGGGGCGCGCAUGGGCCAAGGGACGGGGCCCAUCCACCUGAGCGAGGUGCAGUGCGCGGGCACCGAGCAGUCCCUCUGGAGCUGCCCCUUCAAGAACAUCACGGAGGAGGACUGCAAGCACGCCGAGGACGCGGCCGUUCGCUGCAACGUCCCCUACAUGGGCUACGAGAACCUGAUUCGGCUGAGCGGGGGCCGGAGCCGCGCGGAGGGGCGGGUCGAGGUGGCGGUGGGGGCCGACGGCGGCCAGCCCCGCUGGGGCCUGGUCUGCGGCGAAGGCUGGGGCACGCUGGAGGCGAUGGUGGCCUGUCGCCAGCUGGGGCUGGGAUUCGCUAACCACGGCUUGCAAGAGACGUGGUACUGGGACGCCAGCAACGUGACGGAGAUGGUGCUUAGCGGCGUGAAGUGCGAGGGCCACGAGAUGGCCCUGAGCCACUGCCAGCACCACGGCGCAAACCUCAACUGCAAGAACACGGGCACGCGCUUCGCUGCCGGCGUCAUCUGCUCCGAGACCGCCUCCGACCUGCUGCUGCACGCCCCGCUGGUGCAGGAGACGGCGUACAUCGAGGACCGGCCGCUGCACAUGCUGUACUGCGCCGCGGAGGAGAACUGCCUCUCCAGCUCGGCCCGCCUCGCCAACUGGCCCUACGGGCACCGCCGCCUGCUCCGCUUCUCCUCCCAGAUCCACAACAACGGCCGCGCCGACUUCCGCCCCAAGGCCGGCCGCCACUCCUGGGUCUGGCACGAGUGCCACCGGCACUACCACAGCAUGGACAUCUUCACCCACUACGACAUCCUGACGCCCAACGGCACCAAGGUGGCGGAGGGCCACAAGGCCAGCUUCUGCCUCGAGGACACCGAGUGCGAGGAAGACGUGGCCAAGCGCUACGAGUGCGCCAACUUCGGGGAGCAGGGCAUCACCGUGGGCUGCUGGGACCUCUACCGCCACGACAUCGACUGCCAGUGGAUCGACAUCACCGACGUCAAGCCGGGAAAUUACAUCCUGCAGGUCGUGAUCAACCCCAACUUCGAGGUGGCGGAGAGCGACUUCACCAACAACGCCAUGAAAUGCAACUGCAAGUACGACGGGCACCGCAUCUGGGUGCACAGCUGCCACAUCGGCGACGCGCUGAGCGAGGAGGCCAGCAAGCGGCUCGAGCAGUACCCGGGGCAGCUCAACAACCAGAUCUCCUAGAGCCCCGGCAGCGGGGCAGCGCCGCCCGCCCCCCGCGCGUGGCUCGCAGCUGCCGUGGGGCCGGCAGGGAGGCCGCAGCCCGGCACCGCCGCAGCCCCGCGCCCCGCCGGGGCCGCCCAGGACUCGCCGCGGCCCUCCCGCCGCCGGCCCCGGUGACACCGCACCGCCCGGGGCCGCCGGCCCCAACCACUGCCGGAGACACGGUGCCCCCCGGCUGCAGCACACGGGUACGGGCGGAGGGGCCGGCGCACCCCUCCCAGCCCCUCUCCCACGCCAUGGCCCCCCCGCUCCCCGCUCCCCGCCUGCCCCGGCUCCUCUCCCCCCCCCGGCCCAGCCCCUCGCUGCCCUCCCGGCUCUGCCCUCGGCCCCGCCGCCGCCCCCCCGCAGGGACCCCAGCCCCGCGCCCCACCCGCGGGCGGCUCCGCAGGGCCGGGAGCCUCCCCGCCGGGGCCGGGACGGCGGCACUGGCUGCCGGUGCCCGGCGGGGGCCCCCACCCCCGGUUCUUAGUUGUAAUUUUAUUUUCUCUAUAAAGGUGUCAGUUCUGUUUC